ACACUCGACACAAUAAUCUCAUUCAUACAACACCCAUUUCCAUUUCCAUUUCCAUUUUUCUGAUUUGCACUUUUCAUCAGUGAUUUGCAUUCUCUUCGACCGUUAACAAUGGACAUGGACGGCAUGGUCGGAGGCCUCGAAUCCUGCAAGCUCUCCGACCACAACAACGUCGGGUGCCCUCCCCAGAACGCCGCCGUCUCCUCCAUCCAAGAUUCCCACUCCUCCUCCGUCGUCGCCGCAGCCGACGCCACCCUUGGCCGCCAUCUCGCCCGCCGGCUAGUCGAAAUCGGCGUCACCGACGUCUUCUCCGUCCCCGGCGACUUCAACCUCACCCUCCUCGACCACCUCAUCGCGGAGCCCGGCCUCACGAACGUCGGCUGCUGCAACGAGCUCAACGCCGGCUACGCCGCCGACGGCUACGCCCGCACCCGCGGCGUCGGCGCCUGCGUCGUCACCUUUACCGUCGGCGGCCUCAGCAUUCUCAAUGCCAUUGCCGGCGCCUACAGCGAGAAUCUUCCGAUCAUCUGUAUCGUUGGCGGCCCCAAUACUAACGAUUACGGGACUAACAGAAUUCUUCACCACACCAUUGGGUUGCCGGAUUUCAGCCAAGAGCUCCGGUGCUUCCAGACCGUCACAUGCUUUCAGGCAGUAGUAACAAAUCUGGAAGACGCACAUGAACUCAUUGACAAAGCCAUUUCUACAUCACUGAAAGAAAGCAAACCUGUCUAUAUCAGCAUUAGUUGUAACUUGCCAGCCAUCCCUCAUCCAACCUUCACCAGAGAGCCCAUCCCAUUUGCUCUCUCACCAAGGCUGAGCAACAAGCAGGGGUUAGAAGCAGCGGUGGAAGCAACAGCUGCCUUCUUGAACAAGGCAGUGAAGCCUGUGAUGGUGGGAGGCCCGAAACUACGAGUAGCGAAGGCCUGCAAUGCCUUUGUCGAACUCGCCGAUGCUUGUGGCUACGCCAUUGCAGCGAUGCCAUCCGCAAAAGGGCUCGUUCCCGAGCACCACCCUCAUUUCAUUGGCACCUACUGGGGGGCUGUGGGAACUGCCUUCUGCGGCGAGAUUGUUGAGUCUGCUGAUGCUUACUUGUUUGCAGGCCCAAUUUUUAAUGACUACAGCUCUGUUGGAUACUCUCUCCUCCUCAAAAAGGAGAAGGCAAUCAUCGUGCAGCCUGAUCGAGUGGUGGUUGGGAACGGUCCUGCCUUUGGGUGCGUCCUAAUGAAGGACUUUCUCCAAGCACUUGCGAAAAGGCUCAAAUGCAAUCCUACUGCUUACGAGAACUACCACCGGAUCUUCAUUCGGGACGGUCUUCCCCUCAAGUGCGAGCCUCGGGAGCCAUUGCGCGUGAACAUUCUUUUCCAAUACAUACAGAAGAUGCUUGCGCACGACACAGCAGUGAUUGCAGAAACUGGGGAUUCCUGGUUCAACUGCCUGAAGCUGAAAUUACCUGAAGGAUGCGGGUAUGAGUUCCAGAUGCAGUAUGGCUCAAUUGGGUGGUCUGUUGGUGCCACCCUUGGCUAUGCACAGGCAGUACCAGAUAAGCGAGUCAUAGCUUGCAUUGGCGAUGGGAGCUUCCAGGUAACUGCACAGGACGUGUCAACGAUGCUGCGGUGCGGGCAUAGGAGCAUCAUCUUCCUAAUAAACAACGGUGGGUACACGAUAGAAGUAGAAAUCCAUGAUGGACCCUAUAAUGUGAUCAAGAACUGGGACUAUACCGGAUUGAUGGAUGCGAUCCACAACGGCGAAGGCAAGUGCUGGACAAUGAAGGUGCAUUGUGAAGAAGAGCUGAUUGAAGCAAUAGAAAUGGCAAGCGGGGAGAAGAGAGAUUGUCUGUGCUUCAUAGAAGUGAUUGUUCACAAGGAUGACACAAGCAAAGAGCUUCUUGAAUGGGGUUCCAGGGUCUCUGCUGCUAAUAGCCGCCCACCAAAUCCCCAAUAAGCUUUGGCUCCUUUGUCUUAUUUAUAUCAUCGCUCUGGCCUACUUCUUCCCCUUGGUUAAUCCUUCUUUUCGUAUAUUAGGCAUGACUGCAGUUGUAGCUGCACCUUAGGUAUAUAGGAAUCAAAUUUAUUACUUAAUUUUAUCAAUUCAUAAUUA